AUGUCUGACAAGCUCGGUCAAGUGCGUGCUCUCAUGCAAGAAGAAAACAUCCAAGCUUAUUUUCUUCCAAACAAUGACUUCCACAAUGUAUAAAUAAUUCAGAGCGAGUAUCUCGGACAUCACGAUAAAAGAAUGACUUUUAUUUCUGGCUUCAAAGGAUCGAAUGGCCAAAUUGUGAUCACUCAAGAACAAGCUCUGCUAUGGACUGAUGGGAGAUAUUGGCUUGCUGUAGCAUUUAUUUAGGCACCCAAAGAGCUAUAUCAAGGCUGGACAAUGAUGAAGCAAGGCCAUGGAAACACGACUUACUUUGAGUGGAUAACUCAAAACUUGCCAUCUGGUUCAGUUAUAGGAUUUGAUCCUGCAUUAAUAAAUGCUGAUGCUGCUUCUAAUAGAAAAAAAUAUUUUGAAGAAAAAGGCUACUCAUUUAAGCCAAUAUUAAGAAACUUAGUUAAUGAGGUUUGGGAUACCAGACCUAGCAUCAGCCAAGAAAAGGUUUUUAUCCAUGACGUGAAAUAUGCUGGAGCUACAGUUGAUGAAAAAGUCAAAUCACUAUAUAAUGUCCUGAAAACAAAGGAAAGCCAGAAUUAUUUUACGUCGGUGCUAGAUGAAAUUGCAUGGAUUUUGAAUCUAACUCAUAACUAAUUUAAGAAAAAAUAGUUUUUUAAUAUUAAAUUGUAUGAUUAUAAUUUUAAAAUAAAAAUGAAAAAUUAAUUAUAUUAUAAUUGGAAUAUUGCAUUUAUAUUAGAAUAAUAAUUGAGAAAAAUUCAGUGUCAUCAUAAUUAAAUAGGUAAAAUAAAAUUAUAUAAACUUUAGUCGUUAAAUUAGUUUAAUAGCUCAGUUUCUUUGAUAAAUAUAUUUCACUUGCUAAAUAAUUCUUCUAGUUUAAAUAUUUUGCUUUCCAUUAAUUAAUGGGAUAAGAGGAAAAGACAUUGACUACAAUCCUCUAUUUUUCUCCUAUCUUUUUAUAAAGGCAGCAUCAGAGACUGAUUAUCAGUUAUCUCUUUUUAUAAAUUCAGAUAAAGUUGAUGGAAUUAGAGAUUAUUUAUCAGAAAAUAAAAUUGAAGUUUUCCCUUACGAAGCUAUAGGAAAUUAUUUAGAAAGUAUAGAAGAUGGAAUAGUUAUUGAUCAAUCAGAACUUAAUUAUAGCCUUUUCCUGAAAAUCAAAAAGCCUCUUAACAACUCAUCUUUAAUUUCCAAGCUAAAAGCCAUAAAAAAUCCACGUGAGCAGCAAGGUUUCAGAGAAAGCCAUAUCAGAGAUGCAGUAGCUAUGGCCAAAUAUUUUAGCUGGCUCGAAAACCAAUUAGAGAUAGGUGCAGAUUUAACAGAAUGGACAGCUGCAGAACAGCUUGAUAAAUACAGAGCAGCUGAAGACCUCAACCAAGGCUUAUCCUUUGAAAAUAUUUCAUCAGUCGGCCCAAACGCAGCUGUAAUCCAUUAUGCCCCAACCGCUGAAACCUCUUCGAAAGUGGUAAAAGACCAAAUUUAUCUCCUGGAUUCUGGAGGCCAAUAUUUAGAUGGCACAAUUGAUACAACCCGAACCUUACAUUUCGGAAACCCCACAGAAAGAGAAAAAGAGUGCUUUACUAGGGUUCUUUUAGGGAAUCUUGAUAUAGAAAGAGUCACUUGGCCUCAAUCUUCAAGACUGGCAGGGACUGACUUUGAUAUACUUGCAAGGAGAAGGCUAUGGCAAAUUGGACUAGAUUUUUGCCAUGCGACUGGACAUGGGGUUGGGUACUUCUUAAAUGUUCACGAAGGGCCACAGUGCUUGUGUAAAGGAAGCAGCGAGGUGUUUGAGCUUGGGAUGAAUAUCACAAAUGAGCCAGGAUAUUAUGAGGAAGGACAUUUUGGAAUUAGGAUUGAAAAUGUCCUCUUAAUAGUAAAGAAUGAUCAGAUUCCUGAUUAUUUAUCAUUUGAAAAUGUGACUAUGGUGCCAUAUGAUAAAAAUUUAUUGUGCAUGAGACUGCUUGACGCUGAGGAUAUUCAGUAUAUUGACGCUUAUCAUGAUAAAAUCUGGAAUACGUUAAGUCCAAUUCUGGAGGCUCGUAAUGAGAAUUUGGCUCUUGCUUGGCUUAGAAAAGCAACUUCUCCAAUUACAGCUUCUCCAAUUAACGCUUAA